AUGCUUCUGGCAUGCGUGCUCUUAGCUGGGCAUCCGGGAACCGGAAGUCGAAUUCUGUCUCAGCUUGGAAGACCCUGCUGCAGUGAUAACCUGCACUUCGCAGUUCGACAGGAGGACUUGCAGGAGGUCCCAAAGACAUGCCGCCUAUCCCCGGAGGUAACAAUUGGCGGCGUAGCAGGAGUUCCCAAAGCCUCGCCGCUUCUCCCUGGAGCUAGUAAUUAG